AAAAUUCAAUAUGGAUGAACAUGAAAUUAAAAACAAAUUUAACAACAUUAUUUCUGAUAUAUUUAAAAAAAAACGUAGUGAUAAUAACUCCUUUCUAACCGUUGUUGAGUGCAAUAUUCUUAUUGAACAAUUAAAAUAUUCAUAAUUUGUGUUGAAAACACUAAGAGAAAAAGAGUCUAUGAAAGAUUAUCAAACGGUACGUAAAUAUGAUAUUUUAACAUUAAAUAAUAAAGAGCGUCUUAUUAAACCUGCAAAUAAAGAUACUAUACUCUAUUACGUUACAAUUGACGAGUUGAUCAAUAUUUUGCAUUCGACUUAUUCUACUAUUGGCCAUGGCGGAAGAUAUAGAAUGGAUUCUAAAUAAAAUCAAAAUAUUGCAAUAUCACGAACGAAACUAUUAUGGCAUAUUUAAAUCUAUGCACACAUUGCCAAAAAAAAAAAAGUCAUCAAAUAUUAAAAGAGGCUUAGUUUCAAAAACUAUUUUACAUUUCACUUUCAAUUCAAGAGCUCAAAUUGAUUUAAUUGAUAUGCAAUCACAAAAUAUUAAUGGAUUCCGCUUCAUUUUAAAUUAUCAAGACCAUCUUACGAAAUUCGUGUUAUUUAGAGAUUUAUCGAGUAAACGUGCAGAAGAGAUCACGCACAAUUUGUUGGAUAUUUAUACAACUUUCGGGGCACCGGCCGUUCUACAUUCAGAUAAUGGCCGAGAACUUGUUAAUUCAUUAAUUAUUGAGCAUCAAUCCAUUUGGCUAGAUGCAAAAAUAGUGCAUGGCAAACCUAGAUACAGCCAGAUCCAAGGGUCUGUGGAGAGAGCUAAUCACGACGUUGAAGACAUGCUAACAUGGAUGGCACAAAAUAAAAGCAAAGAUUGGCCUUCGACUUUACAAUUUAUACAAUUUCAAAAAAACCGUGCAUUACAUUCAGGCAUUGGAAGGUCUCCUUAAGAAGCAAUGUUUGGGUGCAAAGCAAGAGUUGGAUUAGCAUCAGUUGGCAUUCCAGUAAACAACAUUUUUAAUUUAAUCAACAAACAUCAAAAAAUUAUACAAAUUAAUGAAAUAAUUCAAUUCAAUGUUUAAAAAAGCAAGCCGAAAGGAUGACGACACAAUUAAACAAAAAAUAUCAAGAGUUGGAAGUAUGGACACCAUUUCGUAUUUCCAUACCUGACGUUGACAGAGCCCGUGGAUCUCCACGCAAUUUAUUAGCAGUUAUUGCUAAUGUUGACAACGGCUUUUAUAAAUUAUGUACCGAAAAUGGUUUUCUUAAAUACAAGUAUACGAGAUCUCAACUUGUGCUAUGCAAAGAAAUUUUGCUUGACCUUAAAACCUUGAUUAGUUGAAUCAU